AAUAAUAAAUCGUACCUAUCUCUUUAAGUGGCGAAUCUCUGGUGCAGCAGAGAUCUGUUACUUGUAGUUAGAGGAGGUUCGAAAGUAUAAUUUUUCACAUUCGGCAUUCCUAUAUUUGGGAACAGUUUACAGUCGGGUACUUGUCGUAAUUUAUUCCACACGAUUCUGUCUACUUUGAUAGGUCCUUCAGAAGCACUUAAUAUUGUUUACCAAAGAAAUGGUGAUGGAGAAGCCAAGUCCCCUGCUUGUAGGGCGGGAGUUUGUGAGGCAGUACUAUACACUUCUAAACAAGGCACCGGAUUUUCUGCACAGGUUCUACGGGAGAAACUCUUCCUAUGUUCAUGGAGGACUUGAUCCAAGUGGAAAGCUGGCAGAAGCAGUGUACGGUCAGGCUGAAAUCCACAAAAAAGUCAUGUCCCUGCAGUUCAGUGAAUGCCACACAAAGAUCCGGCAUGUGGACGCUCAUGCUACACUGAGUGAUGGCGUGGUCGUGCAGGUCCUUGGGGAAUUGUCAAAUAACGGCCAACCUAUGAGGAAAUUUAUGCAGACAUUUGUGCUCGCUCCAGAGGGGUCUGUCGCAAACAAGUUCUACGUCCACAACGACAUCUUCCGCUAUGAGGACGAGGUCUUUGGAGACUCUGAGGCUGAGCUUGAUGAAGAAUCAGAGGAGGAAGUUGAGGAGGAGCCAGAGGAGAGGCCACCGUCUCCUGAGCCACUUCAGGAAAGUCCCAACAGCUCGACCUACUAUGAGUCUCACCCUGUCAGUAAUGGAGUAGAGGAGCCGAUGGAUGAGCCUUCUCCAGAACCAGAACCAGAGUCUGAACCCGAGCCAAAGGCAGAGGAGAUGAAACCUGAGGUAGAUGAGAAGCUGCUGGAGGAAAUGGAGGAGAAGGCCCCUUCCCCAGCCCCUGUGGAGUCUCCACAAAACACCCAAGAGCCUCCCAAGCCUUUCUCCUGGGCUUUGGUGACGAGUAAAAACCUGCCUCCUACGGGCACAGUCACUUCCUCUGGAAUAUCACCCCAUGUUGUUAAAGCUCCAAGCUCACAGCAGAGAGUUGAAGCCAAGUCUGAGACCCAAGCGGCACCUCUGCGCCCCAGAGACCAGCGCACGCGGGACAGACCUACCUUCACCCAGCGCGGUCCCAGACCUGAUGGUGUUGCAUCUUUGGAGUCACAAACGGGGAAAGCACACUUGAGUUUUGUUAAAGGUGGCAGAGGAGAAUCGGACUCUGGUGACAUGGACAGCCGGCGUAUCGUUCGAUACCCCGACAGCCACCAGCUUUUUGUGGGCAAUCUUCCUCAUGACAUCGAUGAAAACGAGCUCAAAGAGUUCUUCAAGACUUAUGGAAAUGUGGUAGAGCUGCGGAUCAACACAAAGGGAGUUGGCGGAAAGUUGCCAAACUUUGGAUUUGUGGUGUUUGACGACUCGGAACCUGUGCAAAAAAUUCUGGGGGCCAAGGUAGAAGGGCCCAUCAUGUUUCGAGGUGAGGUGCGUCUGAACGUCGAGGAGAAGAAGACGAGGGCGGUGCGUGAGCGGGAGACCCGGGGCGGCGACGACAGACGAGACAUGAGGCGCAACGAUCGGGGUCCGGGGGGUUCGCGUGGCAUCGCUGGAGGAAGCGGGAUGAUGCGCGAUCGAGACGGACGGGGACCCCCACCUCGAGGCGGUAUGGCGCCCAAGCCCGGCAUGGGGCCCGGCAGAAGCUCCAGCGGCCAAGGAGAGAGCCGCUUCACGCCACAGCGCCGCUGAGAAGAGCGUUGCUUCACGAGUGGAUAUAUUACUGUUCUUCAUCUUCAACUGUUCUCGUCAACGAAAAAAAUCUUCACAUAUUGAAAUAUAUAUUUGUUUUUGUUCUUUCUUUUUUUCUAUUUGCUUUGGAAUGUGACACGGUCUGUCAGCUAUUUGUGAAAUAGACAAACCAAAAUAAGCAAACAAAAAAAUGUCGCUUAUUUGUUGUGAGCUGAGCAUCCUUUUAUGGUAUCUCAAGAAUUCAUUAACUUUAAUUUUGAAAGCCUGAGGAACCCAACCAAGGAAUAAUCUGCCACAUUAGGAGGGACGGAUGAGACAAUGCAGCAAAUCAUUCUCAAAAGAGAUUCUAUGCCUUGAAUUUAAUGAGGCGUUGCUUCCAAAAGCAAAUUGCACAUUUUCUAUCCCAAGUUUCAGAGAAGCACCAGAUAAAAAUGCUUGCAGUUCCGGUGGAAUAACUUGCCUUUUACAUUUCCCUUUUGAGAGACCACUGCUUCAAAAAUUGCAUAAUGCACUCAAUAUGCACUAAUGGGUACUUUUGUUGUCACGAUAAAUUGAUGCUCGGAGCGCAGCUGGAGAGAUGGGUUGGUCCUCAGAGCUGUGCAGGACACGCCUGACAGCUGUGACCAACGUACUUCUCACACUUGACCCAAAAACCAUUCCUCAGUUACUGUCGGACGGACAAGAUGACAAGAAAGUCUUCAUCUCUAAAUAGAAGGUUGGACUGUGGUGAAAUGAGUGAAGACAGGAUGAACCGUAGGCGGUUAUGAUGGCGUCUCAGUAUCUUUCCUUUUUAAUUCAGUUUAUUUUAAGUUUCAGCCAGCUUGACUGCAAACGGGGAUGAUCGAUAACUUCCCACCGUCUUCUCUCCCUUCCUGUCUUGAGCGAGGAGUAACCGAAUAAAUGUACAGCAAAACUCAGAUUACUGUAUGUUAUCUUUUUUUCCAGUUUUGCUUUCCUGUUUACUUUCAUUUCUGACUUGAUAAAAGCAUGAUGGUGCCUUCUGUUUCACUUUUUCCAGUAUUACUGAAGCGUGAAGCAGUCUGGGGCUCACCGCCUCCUUCGUACACAGAGCUGCUUAUAUGGAACUAUAUUCUGCUGGGAACAGAUUUUAAAAAAAAAAGAACUCUCCCAGCAUCAUAAGAUUUUUUUCUUUUGUUCAUUUUUCAGGUGCAAAGUUCAUAUUUCCAUACUGUUUUACUACCCAAGAUGAUCUGCUGUGAGUUUUGUACAUUUCUUGUAAUUGUAUGUUUGAUGUUUUGUAGAAACAGUGCGUGCCUCAAGUUCUGUUAAUUCAUUCAAAGUUGCAAUUGAAAAACCUUCGUACACCCCCAUAAGAGGAAAAAAAAGGCACAUUUUGAAAGGAUGAUAUUCUUGCUCCUUGGUUUAGCAGAUGUUGGCUCAGUGUGGCUGCCAUUUCAUUAAACUGGGGUGGACUGGAACCUUGUUUUUUUUGUUUGUUUUGGUCCACACAGUUGUAUUUUAUGUUGAUCAUUUAGAAUCUGCUCGUUCAUUCAGUUCUUUUUCCAUUCUAGGAGGGAUUUGGGUUGGGAAAGGAAGGUUCUGUUGGUUCCAUCUGGGAAAAAAACAAAGGAUGUUUCUUUUUGUUGACUUGCACUGAAAAUGGGAAGUACAACAGCGAUGUAGCAUUUUUCUCGACCAAACUCCCGCAGUCUUCCUCGUGUUGGUGGUGUUGCACUAAAUCCAAAGUUCUUUUUUUUUUUUUUUGGACAAUCUGUGUGAAUAAAACAUUUUUCGAUCGAACAUGGAAAUUUUAGCGCUCAGUUUGACUGUUUUACACCCCGUUCGCUGGAAGAGAUGAGCAGAUGUGGGAUCAAAUGAGCUUACCUGUAAGCCCCGUUUAUUUUUCAAAAUGUGCUAGCUUGACAUGGAAGUCUGUCGGAGAGUGCUGAAGAAGAGCCAACUGGCAUUAGAAGAAUUUGCCCUUUCCUAAACUGUAAAGAUUCCUCAAAAAAGGAUUGAAGAAAGUUGUAAAUUAUUCAUUUUAAAAAUGUGGAUUUAAAUCAUUCCAGCCUUUUUCUGAAUGGAAAUAAAAGCUUUUUUUUUUUUGAAGAAGGUGUAGUAAAACAGCUGAUUUCAUUUUUCUGUGUUUUACUCUUUCAAAUUGUUGCUGGUACAAAACUGUUGCAGGUGGAGAAUUCUCCCUUUUGUUUUUUCUCAAUUUAUAUUAUAUUUUUGGUUUUACAUUCUGAAUGUGUUGGACUUAACAUACAAUAAACUACUGAUAACAGCACAGCUCAGCUGAUGAGUCGUGUUUGCUGGGAAUUUUCUAAGCGGAGCCUUAAAAAAAAAAGCAAAAAUGUUUUGGAGGAAAAGACCCCUACCAGACAAUCUUUUUUUUUUAACAAAUAAUUGCUUCUUAUUUUACAAAGUGAAUGUAAAUUUUGAAGAAAAAAGUUGCUAUUUUAAGGGUUUCUCAUCUUCAGUGAGAAAUUGAGCUCUUCUUUCACAGGCCAACCAUUUCUUCAUGAAACACUGAUGUAUUUUGGUAAAAACAUGCUUCCCCCCCUGCCAUGCCUUUUACAUUAUCAUUAUUAUGAAAAGAGCGAUAGCUUAAACUUUUCUUUCUCUUUUUUGGACUUUGUUCUUCUCUGAGGUAUUGUCUUCGGAUUGAUUUUUACAGUUUGUAAAUUGUGAUGCACACUUUUGAGAGUCAGCACUCACUGUAAACUGACAGAUAAUAUUUAACUUUCAAAUACAAUACAAUCACUGAUGGUUGAUAUCGUUCUUGUUUAUGCAAAUCUUACAUGCAUCUGACGGAUUUACUGGUUAAAAGGACCAUAAUGUCAAGCAGCAGAUUACUGCACCUGUCAAAAAAAAAGUGGUCUAUUUCUCUGUCCCAUUUGCCUUAUUAAACUUUAGACUUCA